UCUUUAGUUCCCUUAAAACAAAAACAAGGCAGAAUUUUCCAAACGGACGGCACUGGAAACAAAAUACUGUUUAUUGUUGCAAAGCUGGAGGUGAGAGUCUUUCAAAGUUAUGACCUAUGUAUUUACCUAAAAGAUAAAACACUACUUUCACAAAAAAAGUAUGACCAAGCGGUGUUCAUGGCAUAUAUUCGUUGAAAGAGUGAUUGUCAUCUACUUCUCUAAAAGUCUGUCCACACCCAGAUAUGAUAGAGAAGUGAGACUGGGAGUAAAGCGAUGUGAAUUUACUAUGCACUCUACUUGAGAUCAUGAAACAUGUCUGAUCCUGUGAUCUACGCUGAGGUGAAGUAUAAAAAGGGGUUGGAUCCAAACACCACAAGAUCUGGCCCCCAGACAAAAGAGGAGUCUCCUGAGGAGGAAUUGGUGUAUUCUACUGUGGUGACCCAUAAGACUGAUGACACAGAUCAACCAGAUCCUACUCCAUCACCUGUGCCUGCUGACUCCUCCCCUAAAGACAGGUCAGAGGACACAGGGAGGCGUGGCCUUCUGCGAUUGGCUGUGGUGGUGCUCUGCAUUCUGAUCCUGGGGGCAGUCAUCGGUCUGAGUUUAUACUACAUUUCCCUAGGUUCUUCAGCUGGAUGUCAGUCUGGUAAAUGUGCCGAUGGCUGGAAAUCACAUGGCAGACAGUGCUACUUCUUCUCUGAGAAGAAACUAACCUGGACUCAGAGUAGAGAUGAAUGUGUCCGUAUGAGGAGCCAUCUGGCAAUCAUACAUGAUGAAGAUGAGCAGACAUUUUUGAUGAGAGAAUUAAACAUGACAGAGGCCGAGGACAAGUUCUGGAUCGGUCUGAAUGACAGAGAAACAGAGGGCCAGUGGCUAUGGGUGGACAACACUCCUCUCAAUACAUCAUUCUGGAUGGGAAACGAGCCUGAUAAUUGGACGGGUGAUUAUAAUGAGUAUCCAGAUGGAGAGGACUGUGUACGGAUGGGAGAGGAAAACUUUGAUGGGAAAGGUGUAAAUGCCUGGGUGGACACAGCCUGUGAGAGAAAGUUCAAAUUUAUUUGUGAAACUGAAACUUGUUAAUUAUCACAGUGCAUCAUACCUUUAUUGAUCACUGACUACUGAUGAUUGUCCAUUUGAAUUGCAGCAAUCAAAGACUUCCGUAUUUCUGUUCUAUUGCCAAAUGCCAAUUUUCACACAUUGCUAACUGAUAGAUCUCAUAGUCUAUCCAGUGUGUGUGUUUCCUCCCUGAAAAAUCUAAUAUCUACCAGAGGUGCACAGCGACGUCAUUAUCUGUAUCUGUAUCUGUUAAUCCCACUAAAUGAUCUGUAUCUGUAUUCGGAUAGAAAAACGUUAACCAGGCACUGCUGUAUUUUCUAACCUAAUAUUCUUUGGUAAUGCAAUCGGUGUGCUUUCAAUGCAUCAAAUCUAUUUGAUAUAUUUAGCAUAUCAUUUAUUGUGCGAAACCCAUUACCAAAUCAGUCAUACAUUCUGUUACUUAUGG